AUGCCGACGCCUAACAAAACAAUUGCUGUUAUCAAUGCGAGUGGCCGGCAGGCUGCCUCAUUGAUCCGUGUGGCUACUGCAGUUGGCUAUCAUGUAAGGGCACAACUGCGGAAUCUCGAGGGUGUCGUCGCAACAGAAGUCUCUACGAACCCAAACGUCACAGUUCUCCAGGGCGAACUCUAUACUAGGCUUGCUGGGAGAUCGGCUGAAAAGGCCGACGUGACACGCGAGGGACCUAUCAGUGGCAUUGGUGUGAAUCACCAACUGAUUUCUGAACUCUUCAGGGGGGCACAACUAGCUUUUAUCAAUACCACCUUCUAUGGCGAUGAGAUCAAGAUUGGCGAGGCCCUCGCUGAUGCUGCGAAGAGAGCCGGUAUUCAGCACUACAUUUACUCCUCUAUGCCUGAUCAUCGUGCGUACGAUGCAACUUGGCCAAGUCUCCCGUUGUGGGCGUCAAAGCAUAAAGUCGAGGACUAUGUCAAGAGCAUAGGACUGCCUGCGACGUUUGUCUACACGGGAAUCUACAACAACAAUUUUACUAGCCUUCCGUAUCCCCUCUUCUGCAUGGAACUUCAGCCUGAUGGAUCCUUCAGGUGGCAAGCGCCAUUUCACCCGGACGCCAAACUUCCUUGGCUAGAUGCUGAGCAUGAUGUGGGACCUGCAAUCAUUCAGAUCUUCAAAGACGGUAUUUCGAAAUGGAAAGACCAAAGGAUCGCCCUGGCAUACGAGAUGCUGAGCCCCCGGGAAGCAUGCAAGUUAUUUGAGACAGGAGUCGGAAGAAAAGUACGGUACGUCAGGGGUGAGAUUGAACUCAAAGUCAAGAUUCCCGAAGGCUAUAGGAUACAGCUGGAAGCACUUGAGACUCUCUUCAACCUCGGCAAGGAUGAUCCGACAAAGCAACCGCCUUACUUUGGAGACAAAGUACUGGAGCUUUCGUGUCCUACAGAAGCGCUAGAGCUUUGGGAGGGCCCAAGAGGCUUGGAAGAGUAUGCAAGAGAAGUUUUUCCGCUGGAAGAGCAGGCAAAUGGACUUACCUGGAUGCUUGAUGAGGAGGAGGAAGAGGCGGCCCAGACCGAGAACGACGAGCAAUCGAACGGAGCAGCAUCAACGAUCGUUAAUGGGGGACCCCAAGACGUCGAAAAGGGCGAGGAGGACGACUAUGAUGAUGACGAAGAGGAGGAUGGCCUAGUGAUGAGAGGGUUGAAGCGAGACGAGGAGGAGUGGCUCGCAUAA